UCCCUCCGCCCGCAGCGCACUGCCGCCCUUUCCCGCCCCCAGCGGCGGCGCUCCCCGUGGCGGAGCAUGGCUCCCCCCGCGCCCCGGGCGCUGCUCCUCCUGCUCCUUUUCCACCGCCUCGCCGCCUCCUCCAAGCUCAACAUCCCCAAAGUGCUGCUGCCCUUCACCCGCGGCACCCGCGUCAACUUCACGCUGGAGGCCAGCGAGGGCUGCUACCGAUGGUCCUCCACCAGGCCAGAGGUUGCAAGCAUAGAGCCUGCAGAUCAGGGUGAGCGCCAGUGUUCGCAGAAGGCUGUUGUGCAGGCACGGUCCUCGCAGCCCACGCGUCUGACGAGUAUCAUCUUUGCUGAAGAUACAAUGACUGGACAGGUUCUUCGUUGUGAUGCUAUAGUUGAUAUAAUUCAUGGCAUACAAAUUGUAUCUACAACAAGAGAACUCUAUCUUGAAGAUUCACCUCUAGAGCUAAAAAUUCAAGCUUUAGAUUCAGAAGGAAACACUUUCAGCACAUUGGCAGGGUUAGUCUUUGACUGGACGAUAGUAAAAGACACAGAGGCUGAUGGCUUCUCGGAUUCCCACAAUGCACUGCGUAUACUCAAGUUUUUAGAAUCCACUUAUAUUCCACCCUCGUACAUCUCAGAGAUGGAAAAAGUUGCCAAGCAAGGAGAUACAAUUUUGGUGUCUGGAAUGAAAACAGGGAGUUCUAAAUUAAAAGCAAGAAUACAGGAGAGUGUCUAUAAGCAUGUACCUCCAGCAGAAGUCAGAUUGCUUAUUCUGGAAAACAUCCUUCUAAAUCCAGCAUAUGAUGUUUAUCUUCUGGUAGGAACAUCAAUAAAGUACAGAGUUCAGAAAAUACGACAAGGGAAGAUUACAGAAUUAAUGAUGCCAUCUGAUCAGUAUGAGCUGCAGCUCCAGAACAACGUGCUUGGCCCUGAGGGAGACACAUCCUGGCCGGUUGCCAGGUUGGACCAGGAAACAUCCAUUGUAACUGCAGUGCAGCAGGGACAAACUAAUGUCAUACUUGGACACAAGAGUAUUCGCAUGCAAGGUGUUUCCAGGCUACCAAACAGCACUAUCUAUGUUGUAAAUCCUGGUUAUUUAGGAUUUGCAGUUCAUCCAGGUGACAGAUGGGUCCUAGAAACAGGCAGAUUUUAUGAAAUUACAAUUGAAGUGUAUGACAAAUCAAGCAAUAAGGUGUAUUUAUCUGAUAAUAUCAGAAUUAAUACAAAGCUGUCCGAAGAGUAUUUUGAGGUCCUGAAGUCAUCUUUGAAUGGAUCAUAUCAUUAUGUGAAAGCAAUAAAGAAGGGUCAGACCAUUAUUGAUGCUGCACUGACAUCAGUAGUAGAUCAGGAUGGAGGUGUUCAUACAUUACCAGUCCCAGUGAGAAACCAGCAAGAUGUUGAAAUUUUUGUUCCAAUAGUUCUUUCACCCAGCAUUUUGACAUUUCCUUGGCAGCCAAAAGCAGGAGUCUACCAGUAUACCAUACAGGCUCAUGGUGGAAGUGGAAAUUUCAGCUGGUCCUGUUCUAACCAGGCAGUUGCUACAGUGACAGUCAAAGGAGUAAUGACAACUGGAAGUGAUAUUGGCAUCAGUAUUAUUCGGGCAACUGACGUUCAGAAUCCAUUGCAUUAUGGUGAAAUGAAGGUGUACGUAACUGAACCUAGUGGGAUGGAGUUCAUACCAUGUCACGUUGAAGCACGUGUUGGCCAAAUGUUGGAGCUGCCUCUGAGGAUUAAUGGUUUAACCAAUGUUGAAACAGGCGAGAUAGUCCCACUAAGUGACUGUUCACACUUUGAUCUAGUGGUGGAAGUAGAAAAUCGUGGUGUGUUCCGGCCGCUUCAAGGAAGACUUAAGCCAACUGCUGAUUUCUGUAGUGGAGUCAGAGUGAAAGCUGAAACUCAAGGAUACACAACACUUGUUGUGAGUUACACCCACGCUCACGUCCACCUCAGUGCUAGCAUCACCAUUGCUGCUUAUCUACCAUUAAAAACUAUUGAUCCUCCAUCUGUUGCUUUAGUGACUUUGGGUUCCUCUAAAGAUAUCUUAUUUGAGGGAGGACCUAGACCUUGGGUACAAGAGCCUUCAAAGUUCUUUAGGAACAUCACGGCUGAAGAUGCAGAAAGUAUUGGUCUUUCUUUAUUUGGACCUCCUACAUCUCGAAAUAACAUCCAGCAUUGGGUUAGAGUAUCCUGCAAAAGCCUGGGAGAGCAAGUUAUUGCUUUAACAGUUGGAAACAAUCCCACUAUGACCAACCCUUUUCCAGCAGUUGAGCCUGCUGUUGUGAAAUUUAUCUGUGCUGUCCCUUCACGACUCACUUUGACUCCUAUUUAUGGAAGUCCUCAGCUUGAUCUCUCCUGUCCUUUGCUGCAACAAAACAAGCAGGUGGUUCCUGUUUCAAACUAUCGCAAUCCAGUGUUGGAUUUGGCUGCUUAUGACCAACACGGCAGUAAAUUUGAUAACUUCAGUUCUCUUAGUGUUACCUGGGAAUCAACAAAAUUGUCUUUAGCGAAUGUUGAGCCUGAUAUGCCAAUGGAACUAACUCUGAAGGAUGAUGGAAGUGGUCAGAAGAAAAUGCAUGGCUUACAAACUGUUCUAGUUCAUCACAAGUCUGGAACUACUGCUAUCUCUGCAACUGCAACAGGAUACCAGCAGUCUCAUCUCAAGGCAGCUAAAGUGAAAACACCGUAUGAAUCUCUUCUACCAGUGUCUGCCACUAUUGAACUGAUAUUAGUGGAAGAUGUAAAAGUCAGCCCUACUGAUGUCACCAUUUACAAUCAUCCUGACAUUCAAGCAGAACUGUUCAUCAAAGAAGGUUCUGGAUAUUUUUUCAUUAAUACCAGUGUUGCAAACGUUGUCAGAGUGGCUCAUGAGGAAACUCAAGGUAUUGCUUUGGUGCAUCCUCUGCUUCCAGGAUCAGUGACUGUAAUGAUUCACGACUUGUGUUUGGCUUUCCCUGUGCCAGCCAAAGCUGAAAUUUAUGUCUCUGAUAUACAGGAACUGUAUGUCCGAGUGGUUGACAAGGUGGAGAUUGGAAAAACAGUUAAGGCUUUCAUCAGAGUUCUGGAUGACUCUAAGAGGCCUUUUCUGGCUAAAUACUUCGCUGUUAUGGAUCUAAAACUAAGAGCAGCAUCCCAGAUUGUUUCACUUGUCCCACUUGAUGAAGCCCUUGAUGACCACACUGCUGCUUUCCUAGUGCACGGGAUAGCCAUAGGUCAGACUAGUCUUACUGCAACUGUUGCUGACAAAAGAGGACAAAGAAUCAAUUCUGCUCCACAACAGAUUGAAGUCUUUCCUCCAUUUAGGCUACUACCAAGGAAAGUGACACUAAUUAUAGGAGCCAUGAUUCAGAUCACUUCAGAAGGAGGCCCUCAACCUCAAUCCAACAUCAUUUUCUCCAUCACUGAUGAGAAGAUCGCAUCAGUGAACAGCACUGGACUCAUCAGAGGAGUGGCAAUAGGGAAUGGGACAGUAACGGGCGUGGUGCAAGCUGUUGAUGCAGAGACAGGGAAGCUUGUUGUGGUGUCCCAGGACAAAGUGGAAGUUGAAGUAGUGCAGCUGACAGCUGUUAGAAUUCGAGCACCAAUUACACGUAUGAAAACCGGCACACAGAUGCCAGUUUAUGUGAUGGGCAUCACCAGCAGUCAGACACCUUUUUCGUUUGGCAAUGCAGUACCAGGAUUGACAUUCCACUGGUCUGUCACAAAGAGAGAUACUCUGGACAUAAAGACAAGACACAGUGAGGCUUCUUUUCAGCUUCCUGCAAAAUAUAACUUUGCAAUGGAUGUUUAUGGCAGAGUAAAGGGAAGAACAGGCCUGAAAGUUGUUGUGAAGGUUCUCGACCCCACAGCCAACCAGUUUUACAACAUGGCAAGAGAACUGUCUGAUGAAAUCCAAAUUCAGGUAUUUGAAAAACUUCAUCUAGUCACUCCAGAAGUGGAAACAGAACAGAUCUUAAUGUCACCAAAUUCCUUUAUUAAACUUCAGACAAACAGGGAUCGAGUGGCUUCACUGAAUUACCGUGUCCUGGAUGGCCCAGAUAAAGUGCCUGUUGUGAAAAUUGAUGAGAGAGGUUUCCUUAACUCUGGGUCUUUGAUAGGUUCAUCAACAAUUGAAGUAGUUUCACAAGAAUCAUUUGGGAUUAAUCAGACCAUUGUAGCUGCUGUUAAGGUCUACCCCAUCUCAUACCUAAGAAUCUCCAUGAGUCCUAUUCUGCGUACACAAAACAAGGAGGCAUUACUGGCUUUACCCCUGGGAGUGACACUGACAUUUACAGUCCAUUUUCAUGAUAACUCUGGAGAUACUUUCCAUUCACAUAACUCUGUACUCAACUUCGCAACAAACAGAGAUGACUUUGUACAGAUUGGGAAAGGAGCCACAAACAACACGUUUGUAAUCCGGACUGUAAAUGUAGGCUUGACCUUGCUUAAAGUUUGGGAUGCAGAACACAGUGGAAUUGCAGACUACAUCCCCCUUCCUGUGCAACACGCCAUUUUUCCUGAACUCACGGAUGUGGUCGUAGGUGAUGUCCUCUGCUUGAGUACUUCGCUGAUAAACCAAGAAGGCCUGCCAGGCAUAUGGAGCUCUUCAUCAAACAGUAUUCUUCAAAUAGACUCCAAGGCUGGUGUAGCUGUUGCAAGGGAUUCUGGUGUUGUCACUGUCUAUUAUGAGAUUCCUGGGUUACUUAAAACAUACAGAGAGAUAUUGAUUAACAUACCUCAGAGGACUACAGCGAUGCAUGUAAGUGGAGUGAAAACCAGCUUACAAGGAGUGGCAGCCUCAAAAGUAAUAGUUUUGAUUGGGGAAAGAAAUAAAAACUUGAAAGGGGAGUGCUUGCCUGCUCAGAUUGAAGCCAUUGCCGAAUUACAACCACAAUCCAUUAUCAGCUGUCAUCUAAAAUUUGACAAUGAUGCGUUUGACUUCCCAGCACGUGAUAUAUUUAUAGCAGAACCUGGAUUUGAUGCAGUUUCAGGACAUUACACAUGUUCCAUCACAAUGCACAGGCUUACUGACAAGCAACUGAAGCAUCUCAGUAUGAGUAAAACAGCGCUCAGAGUUACGGCUUCGAUCCAAGGCAGUCACUUCUCUGGAGAACAGAUUGGCACUGAGGUGCCAUUCAAUCCUGGGUUUUAUGCUGACCAAACAGAAAUGCUUUUAAGUAAUCAUUACACAAGCUCUGAUGUGAAAAUAUUUGGUGCCACUGAAAUUCUUGAUACCCUGGAGGUGAAAUGUGGAUCACCAAUGGUGAAGGCAUUUGAGAAGGAGAAAUCCUAUGGGCUGCCUAGUUACAUAGUCUACACUGUUAGUCUGUCUGAUCCAAGAGUUUCAAGCCAGGGAUCCUUAUCAACUACUCUAACUAUCUCUAGUCCUAUGACUGACCAGACUAUCACUAUUCCAGUGACAGUAAUUUAUUUGACUGACAGAACCAGUGCACCAGUGAGACAUGGAGCAAGUCUAUUCCAGCACUUUCUUGAUUCCUAUCAAGUAAUGUUCUUCACACUUUUUGCACUAUUAGCAGGGACAGCUGUUAUGAUCAUAGCCUAUCAUGCAGUUUUCUCACAAAAAGAACAGCACACUCAUCCAGCGUUUACCCCACGGACAACUCCUCAGCACAGCCAUAACAGUUUCUCUGUGUCACCCAUGUUUUCCUUCAGCCCUCAGUCCUCAAGCAGGAAAACGAGCCCAUCGUCUGCACUGUGGAGCACAGAUUACGGUUCGCGUUAGAGAAAACAGCACUCUUCAUUGUGAACUAGGACUGAGGUGGAGUGGGAGGAAAUUAGUGCCUUUAAAAUAAAUUUCAGAGCUUUUGCAGUUUUGAUGCAACUCAAAUAAUCUCUUGAAAAUAACCAGCUUUUUUCUUUUUUUCUAAUAUUUAGAGCUCUUUGCAUUUUUUUUAUGUACUUCAGUUCUCUGCAAUUUAUUUUACCUGCUGCUUUAUGCGAAGUUGAUGAGGAUGAAUGGACGAAAAGCAGUGUUCAUGCUAAGCUAGCUUUCUUGCACUUCAAGCAGUUGGAAAUUGUCUAAGUGACAGUGACCCAAGUUUAUUUACUCUUGCAAAAAUUAACUUUCUUUUUAAUGAACUUUUAAAAAAGGGAAAUAGAAAAACAGGUCAAAUACGAGCCAAAAAUAUGAAAGAUUGUAUAUUUCAAAUUAGUUUCUUAAUUUUGAUUUAGACUCAGGAAUGUACUGCACUGAUAAGUAUUCUUAUGUUUAGCCUUACAAUGUGAUUCAUCGUCAUAAUUUGCUGUUUAAACAUUAGGAAUGCUGGAACAACUGUGAAUAGAUUUUGAGAUGCUUUUUUUUUUGCUUUGUUUUUUAACCAAAAAAAGAAGUUUAAAAAAUGUCUUAGAAGUGUGGCUUCCUUUGGGUAAAGCUGCAGUGUUCCUGUCUUGUUACUGCGUAAGCACUUUUUUUCGAUUGGGAAUGUGAAAGCAUGUGCCUUCUAAGAGGAUUUUCUUCCAGUAGUAAAUAGUUUUAAUUGAAGGCAAUUAUUUUACCUGUUUCUGAUUAAAAAUCCAUUUUAUAUUAGUUAUUUUACACAUAGAAGUACCUCAAUAAAAACUGAGCCUCCUCUUAUUACCACUAGUUACCUGAUGCACUGGAAAGCAAGUGGCUUAUUUCAUACUUAGAAUUAGCGACCUUUUCAGUUGGUUCAAUCUGCUUAUCUCUAGUGUAUUUGUGUACAUAAUAAUACAGUCACAUCCAGAAUUAAUUUAAACUAUACAGUGAAACAUGACUGAUAUGACCAGACUGAGGAAUAUUUGUACUUGAAUAUCCUAUUAUUAAGUGCACAUUUGUAGAUCUUUUAAAUACAGCGCUGCGUUUCACUGCAUAAGAAUUAUUGAUUUUUUUUUUGAUUGGUUUAUUAUAGCUUUUUUUCUGUGACUGUGAGGGCGCACAGAUUUAAAAUGCACAAUUUUGAGUACGUCUGAAAGUAUUCUGCUAUAUCAGGCAGCUGAUCACUGUGUAUGUUCAGAUAUAUUUUGCCUUCUAAACAAGAUGGCAGCAAAAUAUGGUGACUUGAACUUCUUUCCAAACUGAUUUUGAACAGAUUGGUUGGGGACUUGUUAUAUUACUCGGUCCUAAGAUACUUCUCUGAGGACAGAAAAAAGUACCUCAGUUGGAAUUCGUCAUCUAGGAAAUCAUAAUCCCAGUAACUUUUAAUAUGCAAACAGUAUUUUGUAGCUGACAGAUGAGGGAUUGUUUACAUAUAAGUAGUAUCACAGUGUCAAUUGUGAAUAGUAUUCUGGGUGUGCAAACUGCCCUAAGGACCAUUACGAAAGUGAUCUCAAUUGUUCUAGUUCAAAGAACAAAAUAUUCCAUGCAAAGUUCGAAGAAUUAUGUGGAAAAAUUGUCAAAGGAAUGGAUUGCAAACAGUCUAUGGUAUGUAUUUUUGGCUUCAUACAAUAUUACAGAAAUGCAACACUGUUACAUAUUAUUCUGAGUCUUGUAUAAUUUAUUUUCUAGUUUUGGAAAAAGUGUGCCUUACAUGCUACUACUAAAAAUGGACAAUUUGGUUGUAAAUAAUCAUUUGUAUCUGUAUUAUUUAAUAAAGCUUUGUAAGACUCCUUUAGUAUA